AUGGCAAGAGCAUCAGCUGAAUCCACCAAGGGGCGAAACGCAUCAGCACCAGGGGCACAGAUACCAGUGGUAACACCAGGGGCACAGAUACCAGUGGUAACACCAGGGGCACAGAUACCAGUGGUAACACCAGGGGCACAGAUACCAGUGGUAACACCAGGGGCACAGAUACCAGUGGUAACACCAGGGGCACAGAUACCAGUGGUAACACCAGGGGCACAGAUACCAGUGGUAACACCAGGGGCACAGAUACCAGUGGUAACACCAGGGGCACAGAUACCAGUGGUAACACCAGGGGCACAGAUACCAGUGGUAACACCAGGGGCACAGAUACCAGUGGUAACACCAGGGGCACAGAUACCAGUGGUAACACCAGGGGCACAGAUACCAGUGGUAACACCAGGGGCACAGAUACCAGUGGUAACACCAGGGGCACAGAUACCAGCGGUAACACCAGGGGCACAGAUACCAGUGGUAACACCAGGAUUGGUGGUGGUGAGGGAAGCAGCUGCGGCUGGUGACAACUCCGCUGAGCUGGAGAAAGUGGGUGGUUAUGCCAGUGGUUAUGCCAGUGGUGGUUAUGCCAGUGGGGGUUAUGCCAGUGGGGGUUAUGCCAGUGGGGUUUAUGCCAGUGGGAGUUAUGCCAGGGGUGGUUAUGCCAGUGGUGGUUAUGCCAGUGGUGGUUAUGCCAGUGGUUAUGCCAGUGGUUAUGCCAGUGGUGGUUAUGCCAGUGGGGGUUAUGCCAGUGGGGGUUAUGCCAGUGGGGUUUAUGCCAGUGGGAGUUAUGCCAGGGGUGGUUAUGCCAGUGGUGGUUAUGCCAGUUGUGGCUAUGCCAGUGGGGGUUAUGCCAGUGUUGGUUAUGCCAAGGAUGCUGCUGAAGGUCCUGCUUCUGCUUCUUCCGCUGCCGCUGCUCCUGCAUCUGCGUCUCCUGCUGCUGCUGCUGCUGCUGCUGCUGCUGCUGCUGUUGCUGCCGCUGCUGCUGCUGCUGCUGCUGCUGCUGCUGCUGCUGCUGAUGCUGCUGCUGCUGCUGCUCCUGCAUCUGCGUCUGCUGCUGCUGCUGCUGCUGCUUCUGCUGCUGCUGCUGCUGCUGCUGCUGCUGCUGCUGCUUCUGCUGCUGCUGCUGCUGCUGCUGCUGCUGCUGCUGCUGCUGCUGCUGCUGCUGCUGCUGCUGCUGCUGCUGCUGCUGCUGCUGCUGCUGCUGCUGCUGCUGCUGCUGCUGCUGCUGCUGCUCCUGCAUCUGCGUCUGCUGCUGCUGCUGCUGCUGCUGCUGCUGCUGCUGCUGCUGCUGCUGCUGCUGCUGCUGCUGCUGCUGCUGCUGCUGCUGCUGCUGCUGCUGCUGCUGCUGCUCCUGCAUCUGCGUCUGCUGCUUCUGCUGCUGCUGCUCCUGCUGUUUACCCAGCUGGUGAUGCCCCAGGAGCAGAAAUGGAAGCUGCGGCGCAGAAUGUAGCAGGAGCGGAAAAUGUAGCAGGGGCGGAAAAAGUAGCAGGAGUGGAAAAAAUAGCAGGAGCGCAGGUUGAAGCAGGAAUACAGGCUGCAGUGCGAGCGGAAAAAUUAGCGGGAGCAGAGGCUGUGGUGGGAGGCAAGGGUACGCAAGCAGAGAGAGCGGUGGGAGAAAAUGAUGCUGAAGCACAGGCUGUAGUGGGCGAAAGGGAUGCAGAAGGGGUUGUGGUGGGAGCUAAGGAUGCAGGAGCAAAGGUUGUAGUGGGGGCGAAGAAUGCAGGAGCAGAGGAUGUAGUGAGCGCAAAGGAUGCAAGAGCGCAGACUGUAGUGGGAGAAAGGGAUGCAGAAGGGGAUGUAGAGGGAGCAAAGGAUGCAGGAGCUAAGGUUGUAGAGGGAGCAAGGGAUUCCGGAGCCGGCCAAGCUGAAACCGAGGGGCAUGAUGCAGCGCUGCUAGGAGGACCCUGUGUAGCUGGAGCGAGGGUGGUAGCGGGGUACCAGGUUACAGCAGCAGGGCAGGUGGAAGAAACACCAACCAAACUCGUUCUACAAGCAUCGGGAAGUGGCGGCGGGUGGUUAUGCGAGCCGUGGUAUACCGUCCUCACUACCACACGCAUCUCAGUCCUUGGCAUUGGCAUCUCCACACUGUCAGUUUCCUCGCUGCCUUCCGGGCUACCCGGCGCAGCAUCCGCAGCGGGAUCCGAUCCGCUUGUAGCAGAAGCACCGGCGCCGCCUCUGAAUGCGGCCUUUGAGACGGUUCUUACGCCUUGA